AUGUCGCAGCAACAAACCACCGGUUAUUUAGGCGCAUCUCCUGAUGUUUUUGUGACUGGUGUCUUACACGUUCGUUAUACAAGCAAAAAUCCUAUAUUUGCCAAAAAAAUUGUGGUUUCAUUUGUUGGCAAAGA